GCCCACCACUCACUUCCCACUUUGUCCACUGCCCACGAAGCCUGACGUGGUGCGCUCCGCUACGGUCAAAGUCGCUAAGCCACUAAGCUAAUAAGCCACUCAUCAUUCACCUUUACAGGCGCCUAAUACCUGCUAGGUACUCAACAAGCAACAAGCUUCCUUCAUUCAACUUCGUAACAAUAGGCAGGCAAUAAUCAAAUCAUCAGACUUACCAAGCCUCCUCUCGUCAUUCCUUGUCCAUUCAACCACUCACAGCAGCAAUACCACGUUUUCGGCCAUUCCUGCAUCUUGGGUUCACUAGAAUCUGAUUUCAUUAGAUUACUGCGUUUUUUUACGUAGUUGAUCUUGUACUAUUGAGAGUGACGAUAAUUAUUCCUUGCCGAUAAGACAAACCACCCCAUCGAGUCUCACCACCGAACACCCCUCCGGCCGUCUCUUUUCUAUUUUAAUUGCCCUAUCGACAACAGUCUUUACAGCGACACCUAAAAUAAUCAUUUUAGAUUUCACCACUACUAGACGACUAUGGCUUCUCGAGCAGGGCCUGCAGCUAGGGGCGGUAUGGGCGGCCGCUUUGCGCAGUUCAAGUUAGUGUUAUUAGGAGAGUCUGCGGUUGGAAAGAGCUCCAUAGUCCUGAGAUUCGUCAAGGACCAAUUUGAUUCAUACCGAGAGUCUACCAUCGGCGCUGCCUUCCUAACACAAACUAUCUCCUUAGACGAAAACACUACCGUUAAGUUCGAGAUCUGGGAUACUGCUGGUCAAGAACGAUACAAGUCUCUCGCUCCUAUGUACUAUCGAAAUGCGAACUGCGCCGUCGUCGUCUACGAUAUUACCCAAUCUUCUUCCCUCGACAAGGCAAAGGCUUGGGUCAAGGAAUUGCAAAGACAAGCGAACGAGAACAUCAUCAUCGCCCUCGCAGGAAACAAGUUGGAUUUGGUGAACGAGCAACCCGACAAGCGAGCGGUCUCCACCGCCGACGCAGAGGCGUACGCGAACGAGGCGGGAUUACUAUUCUUUGAGACUUCGGCAAAGACGGCAGAGAACGUGCGGGAACUAUUCACCGCCAUUGCGAAGAAGCUGCCGCUCGACCAGGUCAGCCCCCGACAUACCCGGCCAGGACAGCGACCAGGAGGAGUGAGUUUGGCACCGGAAGGCGCAAAUACACAAUCAGGAGGGCCUUGCGCGUGCUAGAGGCGUUUAUGGAAUCUACUGAAUAUUGCUGGGGCCUGGUGCAAUGAGGAAAUAAGAAUCCCUCGAAUGAUACUGAUCCUUCUGGUACUGGGCUAGUUGCUCAAUCUUAUCCCCUUUUUCUCAUGGCUUAGAUGCGAAGCUAGGACUGUCAUACUCAAUGAGAAAUUGAGAGGAUAUACGUCUGGUGAUAUUACGACCUUCGCACCACAACCCCCGAGAGAGACUGGACGUGUUUAGGAAGCAUGAGGGCGAUCGGUGUGGAUGCCUGCCUGGGUGUAUAUUUCAAGGGAGUUUCCAGGAAGGAUGGCAUACGUUUUUUUAAUACCUGACUUUUGUUUGUUGAUCGAGUUCUCGCAGUAUAGGCUUGGCCGCUUAGCCGCUAGGUGCAUCACGGUCAUGGGGGACUGGUGUAGAGUGGUCCACAUGGGAGUGGGAAGGAAUCUGGACCGAGACUGGACGUUGCCCUGCUAUACAGCACGACGAGUAAUGCAAUAGAGAAUUAUCUUUUUUCUAACGACGAGGGACGAGUUUAUGGGUUUUUAGGCUGUUAUUGUUAGUUGUGACGUGAUAGGUACUCCAUAUGAAUGUUGACAUUUAUGAAUAUUGCGUAUCGUGGUGCAAAGAUCGGUUAGCUUAUUGGGCGAGUUGAAAAUGCAUAUAGGCGUAUUCAGCUCUAUGAGCACCAGCAUUUGUAUUGUAGUGUAAACUUUGAAUUUGAGU